UUUUUUGAAUUUCCAUUAGACCGUUUGCUCUCUCUCCUCCUUCUCCUCCUCCUCUUCUCUCUCUCUCUUCCCUGCUGCUAUCUAUCUAUUAUCUAUUGUCUGAUCGCAGAUCUAUCAGAGCGUCGCUUGUUUGCUGCUUCUAAUUUGAUGGUUUAGAGGAGGAUCUUCGACGGCGCUUAAUUCGGUGUGCAGGUAGUUUUAUUACCAACUUUUGUAAGAAGUAAUGCCCCUGGAUCAGCUAUGGAGAUGAUGGCUUGUUCUUCUAAAGGAAUUGAGAAAAUGCGAUCUCUAAAUGGGAGGACAAGUGGGCCUACAAGGCGAUCGACAAAGGGGCAGUGGUCUGCAGAAGAGGAUGAAAUAUUAUGUAAAGCUGUUCAGCAGUUCAAUGGCAAGAACUGGAAAAAAAUAGCUGAGUGUUUCAAGGAUCGAACUGAUGUUCAGUGCUUGCACCGGUGGCAGAAAGUUUUGAACCCCGAGCUUGUUAAAGGUCCAUGGUCAAAAGAGGAAGAUGAAGUGAUAAUUCGUCUAGUAGAGCAAUACGGAGCCAAAAAAUGGUCCACCAUUGCCCAACACCUACCUGGGCGCAUUGGUAAGCAGUGUCGGGAGAGGUGGCAUAAUCAUUUGAAUCCCAACAUAAACAAGGAAGCCUGGACUCAGGAAGAGGAAAUAGCAUUGAUUCAUGCUCAUCAAAUUUAUGGGAAUAAGUGGGCAGAGUUAACAAAAUUCUUGCCUGGCCGGUCGGACAAUGCUAUUAAGAAUCAUUGGAACAGUUCAGUGAAGAAGAAACUAGAUACGUACAUUUCAUCUGGCUUGGUUGCUGCUGCUGCUGCACAGCCUCAAGCUGUCGGUGUCAUGAAUCAAUCAACUGCUUCUACUCCAUCAUGGGUUUGUAGUGGAGAUGAUGACAGUGUUCCCAAUCCCAAAGAGGAUAUCUCUGAAUGCAGUCAAGGUUCGGUUUUUGGGGCAGUCGUGUAUCAAAAUGAAGCCCAACCACCUGAAAAUUCUUCAUUCUCACAUAACAAUGCAAUAGUUGUGUAUCAAAACGAAACCCAACCACCUGAAAAUUCUUCCUUCUCACAUAAUAAUGCAAUGGUAGUGUAUCAAAACGAAACCCAACCACCUGAAAAUUCUUCUUUCUCACAUAAUAAUAAUAAUGACUGGGAUAAAGAUUGGCAAAAUCUUACUUCUUUGGACAUGAGUGAGGAAUCGGAAUUCAUCAACUGUAUAGAUGUUGAUCCAACAUGUGCUGUCAAUCUUAGUGCCAACCCACCUCCUGAUGAUAGCAGCAACCAGUUUGAUAGAUCUUCAGAACCAGUUUUUGAACCAUCAACAGACGCUCAAGUUCCCAACGAUGCUACUUUAAACUCACAAUCAUAUUAUUCAGACUUGCUGCUAACAUCAUGUUAUCCGAGUGAAUCCUCUCAUCAGUUUAAUAUUGAAACAGAAGAACUCCCCCAAAAUGUUAAUGAGGUGGUGGUGCCAACAACUACUAUUACUAAUGCUACAGAUGCUUCUAGUAGUUUAGCAGCAGCAGCAGCACAAGUAAACGAUCCAUCAUCGGUUGAUGAAACAAAAGGAGUUUUAUCUUAUGAUCCUCCUCGUUUCCCAGGCUUGGACAUCCCAUUCUUUAGCUGUGAUCUAGUACAAUAUGGCAGUGGUGAAUGUGACAGAGAGCAUGAUGAAUAUAGUCCUCUUGGUAUUAGAAAGCUGAUGAUGAUGUCAUCUUUUAGCCCAUACAGAUUAUGGGACUCACCUUCACGAGCCAACAGCCCGGAGGCUGUACUGAAAUCUGCUGCCAAAACUUUCACAUGCACUCCAUCUAUAUUAAAAAAGAGAAAUCGUGAGUUGUGUUCACCCUUGUCCGAGAAAAGAUGUGAAAAGAAGCUAGAAUCUUUCUCCAACUUGGCCACAAACUUCUCCCGGUUAGAGGUUAUGUUUGAUGAAAAUAAUUUUAACAUUAAACAACAGUCACCAUCAUCAAGUGACAAACAAGAAGAUUCUGGGCCAUUUCUUCAAGAUAAAGAAAAUAUCGCUCCUGCUUCUUCUCAAGUGACAGACAAGGAAGGUGCAAUACUGAAAACAUCUGGAAUUCUUACAGAACGGAACUUGGAUAACCUGUCAUUCUUUUCUCCUGAUAAGUUUACCACCAUAUCAUCAUCAGAUACACCCAAUUCUGGACGUAAGAAAAACUCUCAGGUUCAAGUCCAUGCCAUGCCAUCAUCAUCAUCUUGUGAUAAUCCAAGCGAAUCCGCUGCGAUGCAAUCUUCGGUUGAAAAUUCUGCAAUAGUCGAAACCUUUGGGAUGUUUGGUGAUACACCCUUCAAAAGAAGUUUUGAAUCUCCCUCUGCAUGGAAAUCCCCUUGGUUUUCUUUUCUGCCUGGCCCAAGGGUUGAUACAGAUAUAACCAUUGAGGAUAUUGGUUACUUUGUGAGUCCAAGGGAAAGGAGUUGUGAUGCUCUGGGGUUGAUGAAACAGUUAAGUGAGCAUACUGCUACUGCUUAUGCCACUGCUCAGGAGGUCUUGGGAGAUGAAACCCCUGAUUCCAUAUUAAACAAGAGAUACGCAGAAAAGAGUCGCCAAGAAUCAAAUCUCUUGACAGAGAGACGGGUACUAGAUUUCAGUGAAUGUGGCACACCUGGCAAAGGAGCCGAAGCUGCCAAAGGUUCAAGUUUCUCAAGUCCGGCUUGUUCUUAUCUGCUCAAGGAUUGCAGGUAGUAUGCUGCUUGCUGCUUCCAUGAGGAUGAGUCAUGUCAUCUCGUAUGUGUUUAUGUAUAAUAUAAUAUCACCAUUUUAUUUUUUAGAUGACCUUUACUAUACUAUACUUUAAUCAAAUCAUUCUUAUUCUUGUUG